ACGACAUCCACAUUAGCGAUAAAAUCGGAGGGUAUUUGAGUCAAAUAAAGAAAUAGAAAUAUCUCUCUUGCUUCUCUGGUUCUACUUGUUCCUCUGUUUGGAUUGUGGUGGUGGUGGUUCUCAUGGCGGCGGUUAUUGGUAACGUGGCGUUGUUACUAGACGUUAACUCUCACCGUACGGUGGUAACUGAUCGGAGAAUUCGUUUAACGGUGGUUGACGUCGUUCUGAAUUUACCAAAGAGAGAUUCGCACAGUCACGUUUCUCACUACGCUGCUCUUUCCUCCAAUAAGCCUCUUGAAUCAGACGGAGAGGCUCGGAUUCGCCGGUUUUUAACUCGAGGUAAGGCGAAUUCCAGGGCUAACGCCGUCGAUUUCGACGAUGCGGGAUCCAGCGACGAGGAAAGCAGUGACGGAGGCGGUGGUGGUGGUGACGAGGAGGAGGAGGAAGACUUUGAUGUGGAGAAGGAGAGGAAGAGGAGAGCUAAGGAAUUUCAGGAUAUGAAGGAGCUUGAGAGGAAAGCAGAGGAGUUGCAGUAUAAGAUUGAUGAAGAAGGAGAUGAUUCAGAGGAGAAGAAGAGGAUGAGAGUGAAACGAGAGCUCCAAAAGGUAGCUCAGGAGCAAGCAGAGAGGAGAAAAACAGCAGAAUUGAUGUUUGAAUUGGGUCAAAAGGCUUAUGGUAAAGGAAUGUACGGACGCGCGAUCGAGUUUUUAGAAGGAGCUCUUACGAUUAUCCCAAGGCCAACGCUCUUUGGUGGUGAGAUUCAAAUUUGGUUAGCUAUGGCAUAUGAGGCCAAUAAUCGCCACGCUGAUUGCAUUGAUCUUUAUCAGCAAUUAGAGAAGAAACAUCCGAGUCCUGGUAUUCGUCGUCAAGCUUCUGAGCUUCGGUAUAUCUUGCAAGCUCCUAAGCUUAAGAUAUCUCAGGAGGAAAUGGUUACUAUUCCCAUGAUCGGUUCAAGUUACGACAGCUAUGCAGUGACAUGGAGUGACAAGGACAGGGAUAAGGAGCGGCGAAUGAAUGAAUCGACUACGAAUCAGCUCAACUCGAGUGAAGACUUUCUUGGAAAGCUCUUGGUAUGGCGACCAGCGGUUGGUAUGGAGAAGAACCGAGUCUUUUGGCUUGCUUUGACACUAUGGUUUGGUUUGGUUGGUGCAGCACUCAUCUUACAAAGAUAAGUAGAAAGACAUGUAAAAAACGUUUUUCAUCGCUUUCAAUUAUGGUUUGGUACUGUUUCUUCUACAUGUCGUGAAAUUAUAUUUGAUUUCAUGUAUAAAUUUGUAAGCAGAUGAAUUCGUUGUAUAUAUAUAUAUAUAUAUAGUAUUUGAUGGAAAUAUAUAUAUA